AUGGAAGAAAGACGAAGAGUUUGGAAUGGCUUCUCACCUCUAGGGGGACAUAUCUCCACUCAAUAUCCACCCUCAUUCUACUACCAGCAUCAACAUAAACACCAGACCGGAUUCUACUCUGAUAAGCGUAUACCCCUUGCUGUGCGCUGGGAAGAUCCUACCAUCAACUGGCCUCCAGCUCCGCCUGUGCAGGUCCACCCACUACCAGAUCAUGAACCGCCGCCGCCGCCGCCCCUGAAUACCACGUCCUGGGAACGCGGGUAUGCUAGAGAGCCUCUCAUAUUCCUUAACCUGGACGGAGGGACACAGAGAUCGGCGCCAUCUGGAUUCGAAUCUCCUCCGGCAUUUGGGGUAUUUGGGAGAGAGACAGAGCCUUCGAUCAACCGCAAUAUGGAGGAUUGGGCUUACUCGGCGACCAGUGACGACACGCCUAUCGAAGGCGAAGAAAAAGAUGCAUGUAUGGAGGAAAGCGAAGAAGGAACGAUGACGGAUGCUAUGCAUGAUACCGAAACGGUUAUGGAUGAUCCACAAAGUCAGGAUCCAGGAACAUCGUCAGAGGAUCUAGACAACGACGAAGGAGAGGAUAUGGAAGGAUAUUGUGCAGACCUUCCGCUAUACGAAACAGUGAAGAGUCUCCGUGCGGAUGUGGAAGAGUUGAAGCUGAAGAUGCGGCGCGAGCGUCUCAGGUUUGAACGUCUAGGCAGUGGAGUGGAGGAGAUGCUGCAGUAUCUGAGAAAUGAAGAACACAGGAACUGGCAGUAUAGGGAUCGCCGCAAUGAUUCACAUGAACAAGAGCAGGCCUUCCAUAGCUUUGGCCGGUAUGGAAGGCCUCACCGUCAAGCAUAUAGAGGGUACACCGACAGAGACCCAAGCUCGAACACUGGCACCAUCCCUCCCAAGGCUGCAAAAUCGAUCGGGGAGUAUAACGCCGCGUGGAAGGUAGUGUAUGAGAACAAGGAUACGGCAGGAAACCGUCCAGUGAUACCAUGGCCAACUGCCAACCUGCAAGUUAACGCGUUAACGCAUCAUCCACGACAGCCACGACGCGGUUUAUCAAGACACAGCCGACUACCAAAACAGAUUAGCGAAGAUAUAUUUCAACUUAGGACGUGGAAUGCCUUUAGCUUCUUCGUACAAGCGUUUGGGUUGCAUCCAAGGUACACGCAUGUUGGCUCCUCUAGGUCUGAUUCAGUGGCCGCUGAAGAUGUUCGUGACGUGAUGGUGUUUGAUAUUCGGGUUCAGGGGGCGUCGAGGGAGAAGCUGAACGCGCUAAAAACACAGCUGGUGCAGGAGAAGCUAAGAUGGCAUCCAGAUAGGCUAAAGAGGCUGAAUAUGUACUUCAAUAUGGAGGAGGAGGAGGCUGCAAAGGCUGUGUUGAGUGCUGUCCUUGAAUGUUCUAAGGCAUGUAAUUGUUGCUUAGAGAGUAUCUAG